ACGAUAGAUUUUAAGUCGUUACAAAGGCAGACAUCAUUCCUACUAUGAUCGUGGUUUCGUGGUCUAGAUCUACAUUAAAUUUCGCAAACGUAAUCCUGAAUCGACACACCACAAAUCAUUAUGAGUGCAGCACACACACACAGCAGAUAGGCUUACAGAAAUCGAUAGAAGAGAUAACAGGCCAUAACUAUCAUACUCCACACGGGUUGUGGCUUGAUUUUAUGAGGUGCGCGAGCAUUUUAUCAUUAAUGAAAAUACAUUAUUAGUUGUCAUUGGCUUGGCCUACUUGAAAUGACAAUUUUAUUAUAAACGCAUUUUAGUCAUGUCCAUGUUUUCUAGAGCAGAAGAUGUAGAUCCCGUUCGAAAACUUCCGGUUUCGAUUGUGGCAUCUCCUAGGCUUGGUGCUUUUGUUUUAGUUCGAAGUAAUCGGCGAAUUAUUCUGUUGUCUACUCUUCAUUAUGACAACGUAUAGAGGGUACCAGCACUAGGAACGAAACGAGGUGUUACUUUAUGGCAAGAUGCUCUCUGGAUGCCAAGCGUGACUUCUCAUCAUUGAAAUAAUUUGCUCUGAGUGUGUGAGAGAGAUUAAAUUUGGUGAAUCUUUUCAGAAGAGGUCCAUUCUUAAACUCAAGAAAUAUCAAGAUGAUCACCUUGAAAAAUAAACAAGCAAAACGGAACCAGGAACAUACAGAUACGACCUCUAAAAGGCUGUCAAUCCGGGACAUGCUCCUAGUUAAAGAGGUUCAAGAAAUGGAGGAAAACUUGCCAUCCACCUGUGAGGUGAACUUUUCUGACGCCAGCUGCCUGCAUGAGUUUUCUUUGACUGUGACACCUGAUACUGGUUACUGGCAAGGGGGGAAAUUCAGGUUCAAUAUAUCAGUGCCAGAUGAGUACAAUAUUGUGCCACCAAAAGUUGCCUGCACAACCAAACUGUAUCACCCCAACAUCACGGAGGUUGGAGAAGUCUGCCUGAGUCUACUGCGGCAAAGCUCCUAUGACAGUAUGGGAUGGGCUCCAACUAGAAAACUCAAAGAUGUUGUCUGGGGUUUGAACUCAUUAUUCACUGAUUUAUUGAAUUUUGACGACCCUUUGAAUGUGGAAGCUGCUGACCACUAUGCCAGAGACAAAGAAUCCUUCAAGUCAAAAGUGGGAGAAUUUGUCCAGCUGUAUGCCCGGAGAUAAUGCAUGCCUGUUUUUAGGUUGUUUGUCCUAGCGCUGGUGUUCUAAAUGUUUUUGUUUAUUUUUUACGUGAUUACAUGCAGUCAGAAGAGCUGCAUUGUACAGACUGUAAAUUUUCCAUGCAACUGGUUGUCUCAAUGCUCCAUACAGCCUUAAUUUGAAUGUAUUUCUGUGUUUGAGAAAAUAUCACAUUACAAGUAAGAUGUGAGUUUGCUCCCCCCCCCCCCCCACCCCUUUUUUUCCCCCUCGAUGUUGCUGUCUAUAUUUAUAAAAUGUUGCACGUGGUUGUGUCAAUACAUAAACAGACCUGUAGACUCUCAGCCAAUUGGCAGAGUCAUUGUCAUUCCCACUCUCAUGGUGAGUCUCAACUAGCCCCGCUGAUGACUCUCUGCUAAAUUAAAAUGGCCAUCAUUUUUUUUUUUCUGGUAUUUUUUCAUCCCCAAUAUUUUAUCUCUGCUAGGAUUCUAGUUGUUUGCAAAAUGUUAGCUGAUCGUUUUAGGGCUUUGUACUUUGCAUCUUGUCACUGUUUCAAGUCUCCAUGACACACAUCAACUGGAAUAUAAGCAGAAAGGAAUAAUCUUACUUGGUGUAUCUAUAAAGUGCUUUGCUUCUGGGAUGGGAGUGCAGCCCUGCCCACCAAGUGGUCCCCCCCCCCCCCCCCCUGUUCCUUUAUAUUACAACAAAACUUUUGUCAAUUUAAGCUCAGGGUAUUUACAGGUCUGAUUAUAGAAUAAGUGUUUCUUACAGAAACAGUUGUUGUAUGUGCUUUGGUCUAUGGCAAGAAUAAAUGAGAGUGAGAUGUAAGACUGUUUGAACGCUGUCUCUCCCUGUGUUUCCUAAGACAUGACAAAACGGCUUGUUUUGUUACCAUGAAACACUCUUGCCUAUUUUGUGGCCCUAUCUCAGAGCAUUCUUGUGUGGCGUGUCCCUUGUAAAUUGGAAUGAAAAGUUGUGAAAUAGAACCAGCUUGCAGUAUGUUGUCAAAAAUGUUUUAUGGAAAUAUCUUCCCCCAGAAGCACCCUUUUCUGACUAUAGCUACAGUAGCGUUGUUGUUAUCAGUAAUGAAUGCGGCAUUUCUCAAGCAUGAUAAUAGGCAGUGACAGCCACUACAAAAUUUUUGCAGGUAUCAGCCUAAUUAAUGGUCACAUUAAAUAGGCUGGAUUUUGGCUUUGUCUGAAGGACUCUGGAGUCAGCUUCUAUCGUGGUGAAAUAUUAGGUUUCAAAAUUUUAAUUUGAUGUUCUCAGGAACUACUCUUCAGAAUUAAAAAAAAAUAUGUUAAAUGCCAAUCAAACCUUUGGUUUUGCUAGUGAAUUUUUCAUUAUUUAUUUAUUUUUUGGUGAGGUUAAUCAUUGGCGCAAACAUCAUAAGUGAUCCACUUUCUGUUUGUAUUUGACACUUACUGCAAGUGCUCGCAGAUUGUGCCAUUGAGUAUUUUUUGACAAUAAAAAAAAUUCUUGUUGUUAGUCUUAUGAAAAGAUGUGUUUUUAAAGAUGCACCUAUUCUGUGUUGAAUGGAGGAGACUACACAUUGUCUUCUGUGUAGAUGGCAUGUUUCCUCUCAGUAGCAGACAUUUUUUUUUUGUCCAUGAAUUGUACUGUUGCCAGCAUUGAUCCCAAUUGUUAAAGAUCUAUGCAUUCUUUUCAAAUGUUUUGUUUUUAUUCUCAUGCAGUACACGCAACAGUAACAUUUACAGUUUUUGUCUCUUUUUCUCAAAUUUUUGUUUCCAAUAAUCAGAAAAUAUGUAAAUUGGGCAAUUAUAUUGCAAAUUUGACCUUCAUCUUAUGUUUCACAAUAAGAUGUUAUCAUUUCCACUAUUUAAACUUUUGUGUGUUAUUUUUCUCUUUUGUUCGCUGAACUUUCAGUAACAGUGUUAGAAUUGGCUUCGAGCCAGUAUGUUUGCGUAUGGUUAAACUAUUGAAGAAAUUAAAAUAAGUGAACCAAAACAUGUGAAUUGUAGUUGGAUUGCCUGCAUGUGCAUAAAAGGAAUUCAUUUCUGCUUGUCUCGUCAUUGAUUUCAAAACUAUUUUCACAGGAUGAACCACAUGCUUAUGUUUUUAAAUUUUUUAAAAAGAUUUUUAUGUGGAAGCAAGAAGUGUUUUCAUGAAAGAUGUAUUUAUUGAGUCUUGAAUGUGUCAUAUUUUAGUUUUGUCUGCUUUCUUUUCAUAUUCAUCAUAAACUGAAGCCAAACCCUGAUAGUCCUCAGAUAAUUGAUGAAUACUUCUCCUUUCAUGUCCAUUAUGUUUUCUAAAAAAACGUUUGCAGAUUUUCAACUUUAUCAGUAAAACUAAAAGAGGAAUAUUUCUAUGCUCAGAUAUUUGAUAAUACUACUGAACCAGUCCUUUAUUUGCUUUGUGAAACAUCUUUAAAUGCCUUUAGAUUCAUUGUUAGUGUAGAUCUUUCUGUUCCACUGUGGAAACGUAUUGCAGUAUGCUUGAUGGAGAUGUACCUAUUUGCAGUAUAUGCUGUAUACGAUCAAACCUUGACACCCCCCCCCCCCCUUUUAUUAAACUUUAUACCCUCUGCCCUGCUUACUGCCAGGUUUUGUCAAUUGUUGACAAAGGAAUGCCUAUAUGAACAUAGUAUUUGCACCUUCACACCUCUAUCUGCCACUUGCCAACUGUCUGAGUUGUACAGUCCUUACCAAACUUAUGUAAAAAUAGAAUUACACAGUUAUAUUGCCAGUGAACUGGUAGCCGGAGAUAGGCUUACACAGAACUCAUGGCUCAUGGUACCCAUCGGUGGCUACUUAGAAUCUCUUUUUAACACACGUCUCUGUGAGUUCGGCCUAUUUCUAAUGUUUAAUGGUUUUCUCCGAUUUGCUCCGGAUGUGCACUUUAUGAAAAUAUUACUUUUAGGCUUUAGAAAAUAAAUUUUAAAAAAGAAAUUGAAAUGCAAUCUUAAUGUUGUACAUUGAACCAUUAAAGAAAGUACUUCACCUCAGCUUUUCAGGAAAUAUUUGGUGUCGCAAGAUAUCCGUCCGAUGAUUAAAAGGCUUGUGGGCGCCUGUGAGACUUUUUUAUUGUGAUGAAUCACAUUCAAGUCUUUGUGAAAGGUCUUAAGCACCCCGAGUACUGAGGAGUAUCGGAAAAAAACCCCCACCCUAAAAUCUUUAAGUCUUCAAGAUCUUUGACACAACCUAAAUGUACGUAAGUUCAGCUUGUGCGGUACUUGUAAUUGGUUGCUACAGGUUUUUCCCCUGGUUAUUACAGUCAUGUGAGAUAGAUCUAGAUGAAUCAGAACUGGCCAUUCUAGUCUCUACCAGUCUACCACACGUCGAGAUGGCAAUGGGUGCUAGCUAACCUGUUAUACUUCCAGCUCCACUGUUCCACCAACUUCAUGCUCAUCCAUAGGUAGGCAAUUUAACCGGGUUUAACUGUAUUUUUACAAUUUUGCGCCGACAGUAUUCUGAUAUCCCUGUUAAAACUGCAUUUCACUUUUCUUUAACUUUUAAGCUUUUAUUGUUUUGUUUCCACCGAGCCGUAUUUGUUUUAAAAUACAGGGUGUAAAUUGUCAAUGUAAGAAUCUUUGACAUUUGUCAUUUUCUUGUACAUUCUCCGUAAAUUCAAAGCUUCGUGCAUAAUCUUGUAAUUGACUGCUUUGGGCUCGCUUAUAUGCUCUGCAUACACAUUAUUCUGUUUCUGUUGUAAAGGAUAAAAUCUUUGGGGAUGUUGAUUAUCUAAAGCUGCUUGUCUGUUUACACACCUGUGUGUGUGUGUGUGUUUGUAUGUGUGUGUGUUUGUGCGUGUUUACAUGUGUUUGGGAGUGUGUGAGCAUGUGUGACUGAAAAACUAGUUUGUGAACUGUGGCAGUCAUAAUGUGUUGCCACUGCAUUCUUCCGAUCAUUGAUUGAUGUGUGUGCUUGUGUCUGCUUUCUGGUGUCUGUAGUAAUGUAAUGUUUAGACUUUUCUCCAUGCAGACUAAAGACACUAGUUUGAUUGGGGAAAAUAUUUAUUUCUGCACUGAGGUGUCCCACACAGCUUGGGUUGGUGCUUAUAGGCAACGUCAGAGCAGCCUUCCCCCCCCAAAAAAAAAAGAUCUAAAGUUUUGUUGAUGGGGAUGACAACGUCAUGCAUGACCUUGAGACUGACAGUGAGCACGAUCCUAACAUCAGUAUUCUUUGAUUGUGAGCCUGGUUUUAAUAUAACGGAUGACAAAAAUUUUGAUUGCUGCGGCAACUGCAAAUAUGUUUUUGUCGUUUGGCAUUUAUAAUUUUACUAAUAAUUGUCUUUUGUAAUGAAAAUGAUUAAAGUGCUUAAUAUAGGGAGUGAAAUUGGAGACUGCUUUCACACAGCACAUGUAUUUUCUAAUUUCUAAUUGUUUGUAGGCUGAUUUUAUUAUUUUAAUACCAUGACGGCUUCUCCAGAAAUUAUAUAGUGAAUUAAGUUAUCAUGAAAAAAAAAGCCUGUUGAACUGAAAAAUGGAGUUCAUGCAUGUUUUCUGCAGAAAGAAUGUGUAUGACUGGAAACCUUAAAAUUAAAAGUUCAAGGCUUGCUGUUUGACUCUUUGUGUCUGGGUGUGAUUGAGAUUUGAGCCUCAGGCAGACAGGCUAGACACACAGGCUGGCAGGGAAAGGCCAGUAACAGAGAAAAUGCCGCAGCAUCACAUGAUUAAAAGAAAUGUGGAUUACAUUGAGAGGGUGAGGAUGAGAUAGCGCUGGCAGGUGAGUUUUAGCAAAGUUUGAGCCCAGUAGUGGGUGAAAGGGUUGAUGAGCUACCUUGUCUAGUCUUCUGAUGAGCUCAAAGUGUCUGGUCUUGCUUUGCUUUUUGCAUAUGAUAGCUCAAGGUGGUGUUUUUUUAAUAAUUGUAUAUAUAUGAGCAGGUGGAUGUGUUUCGUUUGAUAGUGAGAUUGUUGCCUCCUUCCUUGGAUUCCCUUUCCAUUUCAUGUGAUUCCCUCACUGCUUACUGUAACAGGCAUGUCACUUUGAAAUGAUUUUGCUAAACAUCAUGUCCAUGUGGUGCUCAAUGUACUCUUUAUUUUUUUUUUUCGUUUUGGAAUGGAUGCUAGUCGGCUUUUGUGUUUAAGCUGAUUUUAAUUUGCUCUUUGCUGUGUCUUCGCCUCUAUAUAGUAAUGAUGCCAUGCUGCAUGUGUUAUUUAUUUCAGUGUAAUAAACAUAAAUGUGAGCAGGGUAUGAUAUGUAAAUUGGCUUGAACGUGUGUCAUCAUGGUUCAGUUUUUGUUGAGAGAAAAUUCUGAGGGUCUGAGGCCUGUUCCAAUUGUUUGAAAUUGAAUUCCUGAUACUACUUUAAGCGAAACUGAUGGUCCUUCACAUUGGCAAGAAAUCUGAUGAAUUUUCUCUUAAAUAAUAAUUUUCUCUCUCGUUGCAGAGGACAAUGCCUCGUCCCUGUCAUGAGGGAUUAACUGUUAAUGCUUUUUGCUGAUGAUGUGUGUUUCACUUAACUUUGCUUCUCUUUCGACAAGAAGACAUCAAGAAGGGCAUUAUCUACUCUGUUGCUGUUUGUACAGUUUAUUUCUUUUUUAUUUCUCUUUCACAGACACAAACAUGCACUCUUACUUACACACCUGAGAGAGUAUGUUAUUUGCCUGUGUAAUAUAUCUUAAGGUGGGAGAUCUGACUGUCUUGAGAUUUGAUUUUUUUUUAGAACUGAGAUAUAAUGUGAUAGUACACGGCCAGGAGGAAUAUGUGAUGACUCUUCGAGACUGCACCCACCAUAUCCGCCCACGAGUGUUUCUAUUCUAUUUUCAACAUGCCUAAAUGGAAAUGGCUGUAGGCGAGUAUGUAUUGUAUGAAGAAAAAGUAGCUAUUUCUACACUAUUUACCGUUUUUUGACUAAGCACAAGUUUGUUUAAUCCCUUUGUUUCUAAUUUUUCUGGCCAAUGUAUUUGAAGUGUGUGUAAUUUUUGUCAGUGUGCACCCUUAGACCAAAAAA